GUUUUUAUGUUGGACAUGCGCAAUAAGGACAUACGCAAGCAGAUUGCGCACGUCGUGUUUCGUAACAGGUUGUACCAGGAACGUCACUGCGGGCCAGUGAGCGGACUGUUACAAAACGCAGUCAAGCCUAUAACAUUGUUGAGCCAUCCGUUCUUCAGUUUCCUCCUGAAUUUCUGUACGCGAAUACACAACACUUUACGGUAUCGCGUGUUUUCUGAGGUGACUGAGGCCAUGUCAGCGGUGUGGAUCAGCUCCUCGCUACUGAGGUCCAGGGCAGCUCACCUCAGACAGCUCAGUGUGUUCUCUAGAAGGGCUGUGUUACAACCUCUACAGGUGGUCUCCUCACUACACAAGACACCUGGGAACCCAACCUGGCUCUGGUGCUGUAGGUCCCUCCAUGUGGACAGUCCCCCCCUGAUCCCAGGGCAGAGCGUCAGCUACGUCCAUGGGGCCUCCUCAGUGUCCCUGCUGGGCCAGACGGUGGGUCAGAGUCUUCAGGCUGCAGCCGACCGCUGGCCCCACAGAGAGGCCCUGGUCUUCCUGCAGGAUGGAGUCCGUAAGACCUUCUCCCAGUUUCAGGAGGACGUUGACCAGGCUGCUGCAGGUCUCCUGGCCCUGGGUCUGAAGAGAGGGGACAGACUAGGAGUCUGGGGGCCCAACACAUACCACUGGAUCCUGUUUCAGUUUGCCACAGCCAAGGCUGGCAUCAUACUGGUGUCAAUAAACCCAGCCUAUCAGCUGAAGGAGCUGGAGUACACCCUGGGGAAGGUGCAGUGUAAAGCUGUGGUGUGUCCCACCCAGUUUAAGACCCAGAGGUUCUGUGACACGCUGAGACAGAUCUGCCCAGAGAUGGACACAGCGGAGUCAGGGGUCUUUAGGAGCUCCAGACUACCAGACCUGUGUAUGGUGAUUGUGACAGACAGCAGACAGACAGGGACUGUACAUGUAGAGGAUGUGAUGCAGGCUGGAAGCAGACAGCACCACCAGGAGCUGCAGGAGCUGCAGACCAAACUGUCCUUCGACGACCCCAUCAACAUACAGUUCACAUCCGGAACAACAGGAAGUCCUAAAGGUGCCACCCUCUCCCACCACAACAUCGUCAACAACGCCUAUUUGGUGGGUCUACGUCUGGGAUUCAACUGGAGGCCUAUAAGAGCGUGUGUUCCUGUACCCCUGUACCACUGCAUGGGCUCAGUGUUAGGAGCGAUGUGUUUGGCACUGCAUGGCAUCACCCUGGUCUUCCCCUCUGCUGGGUACAACAGUCGUGCCAACCUGGAGGCCAUCCAGAAUGAAAGGUGUAAUUUCCUCUACGGAACUCCUACCAUGUACAUUGACAUGCUUGGACAGCCUGACCUACACAAGUAUGACCUGUCAUCAGUUGAAUCUGGGUUUAUGAGUGGGUCUCUUUGUCCUUCUGAAGUCAUGAGGAAACUCAAAACUGAUAUGAAUGUCAAUGAUAUGAUAAUAGGCUAUGGGACCACAGAGAACAGCCCUGUAACAUUCCUUGGUUUCCCGCGAGACAACGAGGAACUGAAGACAGAGACAGUAGGAUGUAUCCUGAACCACACUGAGGCGAAGGUGGUGGAUGUGUCCUCUGGAGAGGUGGUUCCUCUGGGGGAUCCAGGAGAGCUGCUGAUCAGAGCUUACUCUGUUAUGCUGGGGUACUGGGACGACCCAGACAAGACCAGUGAGGCUAUCACCAAAGACCGCUGGUACAGGACCGGUGACUUAGCCAGUCUGGACAGGUUUGGGUACUGCCGUAUAGUGGGACGUAUAAAGGACAUGAUCAUACGUGGAGGAGAGAACAUCUACCCUGCUGAGAUAGAGCAGUUCCUUCACACCCAUCCCAACGUACAGGAGGCCCAGGUGAUAGGCGUGAGAGAUGAGAGAUUGGGGGAACAGCUGUGUGCCUGUAUCAGACUGAAGGAGGGACAGGACUGUAGCAGAGAGGAGAUCAGAGACUUCUGCAAGGGACAGAUUUCUCACUUCAAGAUCCCCCACUAUGUGGUGUUUGUGGACAGCUAUCCACUGACUGCCUCUGGAAAGAUCCAGAAGAUCAAACUGAGGGAGGAGAUGGAGAAGAAACUGGGUCUGUGAUGGACAGAGGGUCCUAGACAGACUGUGUUGGUUCCAGCUGGAGAGAGAUUGGUUGCAAAGGGUCUGUGUCUGUUACAGCAAUAUAUUGCUGUAUUUCAAUAAAACCAA